CUUUCAGCUCUGAGCUCCACUACUCUUCCAAGUCUGUCAUGUAACAGACGUUUUUCAUCAGAGAAAGCAGCGUUUCAACAAAAACUAGGUUGUUCAAGUUUCACAAGUCUAAAUCAUGCUGGGAAAGAAGUUGGUGACUGCACAAAAACGAGGGGAGACAAGAGCCCUCUGCCUGGGACUGGGAAUGGUUGCAUGCUCCAUGAUGAUGUACUUCUUUAUUGGGAUCACCAUUGUGCCAUUUUACACUAAGAGUGUUUGGACAACAGAAACUGUGUGCAAGGUACUCAAAGCCAACAUCAAGGACAAAGUUUUCUGCCCAAACAGUGAAGGAUCGGAGGAUGAGGAAAUCUUUCCUUAUCCCUGUCUACAGGUGUGGGUUAAUCUGACAGCCUCAGGACAGGAGGUUAUGCUCUACCAGACUGAAGAUACACUGGAAAAAAAUCCUAAGUGCUCGUACGUCCCAGACAAGUUGGAGAACUCUAAAGAAGUUACAGCACGGAUAGAAACAAUUGCAAGCAAUUUCAAAAAAUACCGGACUUUCCCAUGUUACUAUGACCCAGGAGGAACACAGACCAACGUCGUUUUAAGCAGACUUUAUCCCUCAAAAGGCCUCCUCUUUGCUUUCCUCUGGCCUACACUCAUGUUUACUGGUGGAUGUCUGAUUAUUGUUCUGGUAAAAAUUAGUCAGUAUGUUUCUGUUCUUUCUGCUUGGCAGUAAAAAAUACAUAUCUAGCAUAGACUAUUGCAAUUGUUGGAAGAUAUUAAGAUGUAUUUGUUCUGCCUGUCUUAUUGGCAUUUUGUGACUAUUAAUAUGCCAGGUGUCAAUUCAGGGGCAUGCAUUCAAAAAAAUUGAAGACCAACCACUACAGAUGCCAAUCCAUUACACAAGAACAAAAUGUAAAACUGAUUCCGAGGAAUGCCUGAAAACACCUCAUAAACACACAGACUUACUCUCCAUUGUUUCCUUGAGCUUUAGGAGGUACAGCUGCUUUACAAAGAUGCAAUUCACAUUUACUACUAAACUCUUCUUCCUCGUUUUAGAUAGGGUGCUAAUUUUCUGUCUGGUUGAGAUCAGUUGGUGCCAUAUCCAUAUACAUCCUCACUGGCAGACACCCUUUAUACACCAAUACAGUAGGUACUCAUGGCAUACUCAUCUGUUGAGAAAAGCAUUUUUGGUAUGGUGUAAAAAGGUAUAUAUUUUAUCAUGGACCUCUCUGCUUUCGGGAAAAGGAAGGGAGAAAGACCCUCAACACAAAAAUACACAUCCACAGACUUUACAAAUAUUGCACUCCAAUCAUCUGACACCAAUUGCCUAUAAAGAAAUACGUGCAUAAAGUACAGAAUACAGUAAUACUAAAUGGUAAUGGCCUAUUCUAAAAGUAUGUUUCUCUAUUUAACUCAAAUCUUAGCUUUGCAGUAUUUGAGACAAGUGUGCCACUCAAGGAAGACUGCCUGGCUGCCAUUUGCAUAGAUUAUAAAACUGAUACAGAAAGGAAGUUAAAAGGAAGUUAUGAUAUAAAGAAUGUGGUGUCCUGGCUCUAGCCAAGAAAGGGUUAAUUUCUGCAGUAGCCAGGACCUUGAGGUUAUUCUGUAGCACCUCAACUCAUUUUCCAGGAAAGGGCUGCCUGCCAGCCCAGGUAGCACUGCAGAGGGAAUGGUCAAGUAUUGUCUGGGUGAGAACUCAGGUGCAAACUGUUUCUUGUGCACUCUUUUAAUAUUAUUGUCGCUGUAACCGGU